GUGGACAAGCGGCUAGAAAUGACCUUCAAUCGCCUGGCUACUUUCCGAAGGAGCGACGAAUGCAUGGCGCAGAGUCCUCUGCCAACAGCAGGCGAAACUACAGCAGUGUGCGUUUCUGAUCGUCACCUCGAAAUCACACUUGGUGUUGAUGACAUUUUAUCAGCUCCCGCCGCCAUCCUCUCAACGAAGAGACCGGAAACAAUCAAAAUCCAAGUGGCUGGUGCUGUGAGCGCGGAGCUCAAAGAGUGGCUCAAUCAAAUACUCCAACCUCACGUCCUCGGUGAACUGACUUCACUUGACGUAGUCCUCGAGUACGAGAGAGAAAAUCACGACGUGUUUGAGGCCCUGAGUGACUUCGCAAAAAGUGCAAGUGCGUAUGGACGGCAGCUAGUGCACUUGACCAUGCACGUAGAGGCUGGUCUCGCAGACUUUAUGAGGGCAUUUCGCGACCGUCAGAGCAACAUGGGUUGCGUCAAGAUGUGUGACCGUAGUGGUGCACUACUCAAGCUACUAGAUCCUAGCCUCCACCAGCUCCUGUGCCUCUACAACCGUCAGAGCGAAGUCAACGACACGUUCACGGAUGCAGAAGGAGAAGAGGAGGCUGAACUUGAUGAUUUUGACGAGGACUCGUUCGAAAUUGUCGAUGGCCACUUGGAGCGCUACCGUUUCGAUAGCAACAUGUCCGACGAUGACGAGGAACCCUCAUACGACUUCUAUCAAGUUUCAUACUGGGAAGAAAUGCAAGAUAGUUUUCACUCGUUAUAUUCGUUGAUAGCGAAUGAAGUCCUUGACCUGUACAACCAUAAUAUGCAUUUUUUCAUUGGAUGGCGUAUGCUCGGUUCCGUGUGCAAAUAUGUUGUAUAAAGGCGCUCGCAAAAUUCUCCUUUGUUUCAAAUGUACUUAAAAUAGAUCGAAAGAUGUGAUUAAUAUAAUACAAAUGUAUUGUAAGAUAUGAGAGAUGUAUAUGUGAAUCCACUAUGCAGUCAAACUUCAUUAUCUAGUGCUCAAAGACACAACCAAGCCAUUGGCUUUCAAAAAUGUGUUAAGAGAGGCACCUGGACAUGAUGCCUCGCUCUUGUAAAUAAUUUU